AUGGCCUACGUUGCUCCCGUCCACAAGCCAACAAGCAUCAGGCAUGCCCUGCGCAUCCGGUUUCUGUCGCCUGAUGUCGAAGACUUGGUGGUCGCGAAGGCAAACCGAUUGGAGAUAUGGCGAGUCACUGAGGAGGGAAUGACUUGUCUUCACACAAAAGUCAUUCACGGAACCAUAGACAUGCUCCAGCGGCUGCAGCCCAAAGACUCUGCCACUGAUCUUCUGUUCAUCGGAACAGAUAGACUCCAAUACUUCAAUGUAGCUUGGAAUCCCGAAACAAACCAGCUAGAUGCUGUCGAGCAGGCAAUAGAAGAUACAGCAGAGCCUUACAUGCGACAGUCGCAGAGCCAGAACCGAUGCCUGGUGGAUCCUACGGGAAAGUUCAUGGCAAUGCAUCUCUGGGAGGGAGUGUUGAACGUCUUUCGCCUACGGAUACGCAAAGGCUCUACCACAAGACUUGAAGGGCUAGACCAGGUUCGAUUGACCGAGCUUUGGAUGAAGACGAGCACGUUUCUCCACAGCCGGACCGGCCACCCGAGAAUUGCUUUCCUGUAUAAGAAUCAGCUUGACCGCGAAGAAGCUCGCAUAGCUGUCUAUCGACUGACGGAAGACGAUAAAGGCGGUGUUUCGUCCAAGUUUGAUCCACAGAAGGACAGAGAGCUGGACCAAGUGAUUCCCGACCCCUAUGCGUCCAUGCUGAUACCCGUUCCCGUGUAUGAGGAGAAGCGAUACCAUGUGCGCAACAACGAGGGAGCUAGAGCACACCUGGGCGGCCUUCUCGUGGUCGGAGAGACACUUCUCACAUAUUUCGAUAGCCUCACCUAUUCAAACGUGUGCUCUACCCUUGAAGACCCCAAGAUUUACGUUGCCUGGGCCGAAUAUGACGGGACACGCUAUUUCUUGGCUGACGAUUACGGCCGCCUUGACCUCUUGGAAAUCAAGACUACCAACGAAUCAACAGGCGUCGUAGUCACAGGCAUGACAGUCCAUCCGAUGGCUUUUGGAGAUUCAAGCCGAUAUACAUCAAGAGCGUCGAGCCUAGUUUACAUGGGAAAUAACCUCUUAUUCAUCGGCUCACAUCAUGGCGACUCUCAGUUAUUACACGUUGACAUCGAGUCUCAGCAAAUGAGUCUCAUCAAAGUGUUAUCGAACAACGCACCUAUCAUGGAUUUUACCAUCAUGGAUCUGGGCAACAGAGAAGGAGAUGCGCAGUCUGGCAACACCUUUUCAUCUGGCCAGGCAAGAAUCGUGGCUGGCAGUGGUGCUUACCAGGAUGGAAGCCUACGAAGCAUUCGCAGUGGCGUUGGCCUUGAAGAUCGCGGGCUCCUCGACGAAAUUGAGGGCACUAGGGGACUUUUCACGCUACGAUCAGUGGACUCAGCGAAGGCCGACACUGUUGUCAUCUCUACCCUUGCUGGUACUCGGGUCCUCCGGUUUGAACCAGACAAUAUUGAAGAGCUAUUUUCCUUCCAAGGCAUGGACCUCGAAUCACCAACUCUUUUGGCUGCAAAUCUUCCAAGCGGUCAGGUUUUGCAGAUAACGCCUCAAGCGGUCAAUAUUUUGGAUCCCGACAGCGGAGUUUCGGUAUCCUCAUGGCAGGCACCUGAAGGCAAAACCAUUACGGCGGCGUCUGCCAAUACCAAAUGGGCUCUGCUAUCCGUGGAUGGAUCGAUAUUGGUGUCUUUGAAUCUCCUAGAUAACUUGAAAGCGACUACUAAAGACGCUUCCCAAGACUCGGUGUCUGGGCAACCGGAUCAAAUAUCUUGCAUUCAUGCAGCGCGCGACCCACAAGACUUUGGUGUAGUCGGCUGGUGGACUUCAGGUACGAUAUCGGUUGUGGAUAUGGCUACCUUGACACCACUGCACGGCGAGCCUCUAAGACAGACUGAUGACAGUGCCUCUGUCCCGCGAGAUGUGGCACUGGUCCAGCUGCAUCCUCCUGAAAGCUCCGGUCCAACUAUGCUGGUGGCAUUAGAAGAUGGAAAUGUCAUAAGCUUCAACGUUUCUGUUAAAGGCUUUGCGAUAUCUGGGCGAAAGACAGUCACCUUGGGAAGCGGCCCUGCACGGCUGCACGUUUUACCCCGAGAAGAUGGAAUAUGCAACGUAUUUGCGACUACAGAGCAUGCCAGUCUGAUAUAUAGCUCACAAGGCCGUAUCGUUUACUCGGCGACUACGGCAGCUGAUGCGACAUUCGUUGCUCCGUUCGACUCGGAAGCCUUUCCAGAUUCAAUCGUUCUAUCGACAGAGGAUCACAUUAGAAUUUGCCAUGUCGAUAACGAAAGGCUUACACAUGUAAAAGCCCUGCCAAUGUAUGAAACCGUUCGUCGAGUGGCAUAUUCACCAGGUUUGAGGGCCUUUGGGCUAGGAUGCAUUAAGAAAGAGCUAGUGAAUAACGAAGAAGUGAUUACGAGCACCAUUAAGCUUGUUGACGAAAUCAUCUUUCAAGAGCUGGGUACACCAUUCUUGUUAGAUGCGUCGUCAUCUCUGGAGUUGGUCGAAUGCGUUAUUCGGGCUGAACUACCCGAUGCUAAUGGCAACUUGACUGAGCGAUUCCUAGUGGGUACGAGCUUUGUCGCAGAUCAAGGCUCAGCCGAAUCAGGUGAAACAAAGGGCAGAAUACUGGUUCUCGGUGUUGAUGAAUCACGGCAGCUGUAUCAAAUCGCUUCGCAUAACCUGAAAGGAGUAUGCCGCUGCCUUGUGAUGAUGAAUAAUUACAUCGUUGCCGGCCUCACUAAGACAGUGGUUGCUUAUAGUUACAACCAGGAUACCUCGACUUCAGCCUCCCUAACAAAGCUGGCAUCAUUCCGCCCUGCCUCAUUCCCAGUCGAUCUAGACGUUUCAGGCAAUAUCAUAGGCAUUGGAGAUCUCAUGCAGUCCCUCACCCUUGUCGAAUUCACACCACCCCAGGACGGCAAGAAGGCCAAGCUGGAGGAGAAGGCAAGACAUUAUCAGCAAGCAUGGACUACGUCAAUCAGCGCACUGGAUGAUUCCAGGUGGCUGGAAGCAGAUGCUCAAGGCAACAUCAUUGUGCUGAGACAGAACCUGGAAGCCCCAACGGAACAAGAUCAAAGCCAGCUCCAGGUCAUCAGCGAGCUCAACAUUGGAGAACAGAUCAACCGGAUUCGAAAGCUGCAAGUUGCGCCAGGGGAAAAUGCUAUUGUGGUGCCAAAAGCAUUUCUGGGCUCGAUCGAGGGCACGCUUUACCUUUACGGCGAUAUUGCUCCAAAAUACCAAGAUCUGCUCAUGACUUUCCAGUCAAGGCUACAGGAGUAUAUCAGCACUCCUGGAAACCUGUCGUUUGACCUCUGGCGAGCGUUUAGAAACCAGUCCAGAGAGGGUGAGGCUCCCUUCCGAUUUGUAGACGGCGAGAUGAUUGAACGGUUCCUUGAUCUGGACGAGGGCAAACAAGAGCUGGUAUGCGAGGGAUUGGGCCCGAGCGUAGAGGAUAUGCGGAAUUUGAUUGAAGAGCUUAGAAGGAUGCAUUGA